AUGAAUAACACUACCACGACGAAUUUCAACCGCAUAACUGAUCAUACCUCAUUCAACGACCGAACCAUCCUGGCUGUGUAUGUUGUCAUACUCACAUUAAUCAUCGCCAUCAACACCGCGGCGCUGGUUAUCCUGUACCGCACGAAAAGAAACGGCUAUUCCGCUGCCUUCAGUUUCUACCUCGUCCAUCUGUUCAUCAUGAACAUCCUGACGAAUUUGCUGGACAUUCCGCUGGAUAUUGCGGAGAAAGCGUACAGCGCCUGCUUGACCGCCACCCAAUGCGCCUUCUACACCUACGUCAAUUGGGCGCUGAUGGCCGUUUUGGUGUACUCGCAUCUGGCCAUCACUCUCAACCGCCUGUGGGCGGUGCUGCAUCCGCACAGCUACCGACAGCGCCACACUCUGCGGCUGGCCGUUGGAAUUUGCUGCUUGAUCUGGAUCGUCGUGCAUCUGUGCGUCGUACCGUUAUUCGCGUAUCGACUAACCCACCAAUCAGAGAACGACGUGUGUCUGCUGGAUAUGACGGAUUAUUCGUCGGAUCUCAGCGUCCCCGUGCAAAUCUGGGGGACUGUCGUUUUUGUCGUGCUGUUUUUGCUGCUGACGCUGGCGAUUGUGCUGCUGUACCCGUUGAUUGAGGGGAUACGCCAACGUGCCCGCCGUCGUGUGGCAAUCACCAGCGGGUCGUCGCUGUAUGGCCGCAAGAUGGUGGCGGAUCCGCGGACCUUUCGGAUGCUGCUGGCGUUGACGGUGAGUCUGUUGUGUGCAUGGAUGCCGCAGUUGAUCUGGUUGUUGCUGGAAGACUGGAUCACGCUGGAUCCCGUCACCCAGGACUUGGUGGAUUUGGUGCUGGAUUAUACAUGGACGGUGCAGGCUUUACUGGAUCCCAUUAUGUUUAUUGCUGUGUUUUAA